CGACGACAACCGACGACGACGCCAUCUUCUUGACCAACGCUACAGAGGUUCAAGGACAGUCACAAUGGCGAACAACAGAUUGCAAUACCGCCGCCGGAACCCGUACAACACACGGUCCAACAAGGUCCGCAUCGUCAAGACCCCCGGUGGUGAGCUGCGAUACCUCCACAUCAAGAAGCAGGGAACUGCUCCUAAGUGCGGUGACUGCGGCAUCAAGCUCCCUGGCAUUCCCGCUCUCCGCCCCCGGGAAUACUCCCAGAUCUCCCGCCCCAAGAAGAAUGUCAGCCGUGCCUACGGUGGUUCCCGCUGCGCUGGCUGCGUCAAGGACCGCAUCGUUCGUGCUUUCCUGAUUGAGGAGCAGAAGAUCGUCAAGAAGGUCCUCAAGGAGUCUCAGGAGAAGGCUGCUAAGCGCUAAAUUAGGAGUUGGAUAUAAAGCUCGGUGUUUUGUGUUUAGUGGAAAACAAAUAUGGAAAAAUAAAAUUCGCUGGGUAUGGUUCUCUUUACAGUGAUCAGAACGGCUGGCGCGACGAUGUCGUAGCUUUUCAAUGAAAUUCCUUCUUCAUGACACUCGUGUUCUUUACGUUCCCACUUCGUCUUUUACCUAUAUCGAAUAUCCGGCCUCGUAUGUGAGCAGGGCCUGGCGCUCGCAGCAGUUGCGACAUUUUAUAACAACCAGCAAGCAAUCACGCAUUGGAAACAAUCAGAUUAGGUAGACACACGAUUGCAAUCCACCACAUGAAACCCA